GAGCUGCGCAAGCAAGCGUUGGCUGCCAAGCGCGGGGAGAGCACCUUGGCCGCGAAGGGCGGCAAGGGCGGAGGGAAGGGAGGAAAGGCGCGAACUGCGAUAUGUUUGCUCGCCGGGCAAGGGCAAGCCUUGCCGACCAACUGGGGCCCUCCCUCGGGAGCGUCCAUGAGCAACCCCUUCGCUGCUUUCAGCAUCCAGAUAGGCAGCGCCGGGGUUCAGGCGGGCCUUCCGGCCGCUGACCCGAAGGGAGCGGUGCGAGAGCACGCCCUUGCCCUUAAGAAGGGCGAGAGCGGCCGCUUCUCGGCGCUCGACGAGUUGCCAGGCGACUGGUGGUCGCUGGCAGAGAACGAGCCCGGCGGCUACCAGUACCGGACAGUGGUUCAGGUGCUGGGCCGCCGCGUCGAGUGCAUGCUCGAUGGGUGCGCCGGGGCGAACCAUGUCACCGAGGAGCUCUUGGUCAGCAUGCUUAACCGCGCAACCAAGCUCGGCAUAGGGACCGAGGACCCUCGGUUCCCGGUGGUGAAGCUCGAGAAGUGGGUUCACCCCGAGUUCGUUCACGGCAUAGCCUCCGGCGCGCCGGUGCCCUUGAAGGGC